AUGGAUGAGGAAGUCACCAGGCUUUCAAUAUCUUCUGAAGAGCCUAAAAUAAUAUUACACGGAUCGGAUGAGGGUGGUGCCGGCGGGCAAGAAUUUGUUGUGGAGCUUCAAGAGACUGUGUUGGUGUCAGAGGGCGAGGGUGAAGGCAUGGCGGUGCACAGGUUUGCCCCAGACGAGCUAGUCAUCCAGGAUGCUGUUGAGGAUGUGGUAUCUGAGUAUGUGCACUGCGAUGAAGAUGAAGAUGUCGCUGUAGAAACCUGUGUGAUGGCCUUGGAUGGUGAGGAGGAAGGCGUCGCCAUGGGUGACAUCCCCGAAGACGGCCUCGAUCCCGAGCAACAGGACGAUGACCAAGAUGGCUGUGGCGAUUAUCUGAUGAUAUCUUUGGAUGAAGCUGGUAAAAUGGUGUCUGAGGAUGGGACGGAGGUAACCGUGGAGGGAGCAGUGGAGGACCAGGAAGUGGAGAAGGAUGAAGAUGGACAAGAAGUGAUAAAGGUGUACAUCUUCAAGGCUGACUCUGGGGAAGAUGACAUGGGAGAAUCUGUAGACAUCAGCGAUGGAGACAUGGAAAAUGUGGCACUAACAGAUUCAGGCCAAACGCUUCGAGAGAAGAUGGUUUACAUGUCUGUUGGUGAUUCUCAUCAUCAAGGAAACCAUGGUGUGGAGGAUAAUGAGAGCUGUGAAAACCGGAAUGGAGCAGCAAGCGCGCUUCUACACAUUGACGAAUCUGAUAGCGUUGAUGAAAUAGGCCGACAGCGUAAUAAGACCAAGCGCCGAUCUGAGCCAAGACAAGUCCAAACAGCCAUCAUCAUUGGUCCCUAUGGUCAACCUUUGACAGUGUAUCCCUGCAUGCUAUGCGGCAAAAAGUUCAAAUCGCGAGGCUUCCUGAAGCGGCACACGAAGAAUCACCACCAGGAGGUUCUUACCCGGAAAAAAUAUCAGUGCACUGACUGUGACUUCACCACCAACAAGAAGGCAAGCCUCCAUAACCAUAUGGAAGUGCACGCCUUGAGCAGCAAAGCGCCCUUAGAGUGCGAAAUGUGCGGCAAAGAGUUCCACCAGCAGGCGGCGCUGUUCUCCCACAGACUGCAGCACCACCACCGGGAGACCAAGAGUCAGCAGACGCCUCCUCCGCCCGCCAAGACGCACAAAUGCAAGUUCUGUGAGUAUGAAACUGCUGAGCAAGGGCUGCUAAACCGACACUUGUUGGCCGUUCACAGUAAAAGUUUCCCGCACAUUUGCGUGGAAUGUGGGAAAGGUUUCCGUCACCCCUCGGAGCUGAAAAAACACAUGCGCACGCACACGGGCGAGAAGCCUUACUCCUGCAUGUACUGCGACUACAAGUCUGCUGACUCUUCUAACCUCAAGACUCACGUCAAGACAAAGCAUAGCAAGGAGAUGCCGUACAAGUGCGAGCGCUGUUUUCAGACGUUUGCCGAGGAGGAGGAGUUAAACCAGCACGGACUAACGCACGAGGAAAAUAAGACUCACCAUUGUGCCCACUGUGACCACAAAAGUUCCAAUUCCAGCGACCUGAAACGCCACAUCAUAUCAGUGCACACUAAGGAUUACCCGCACAAAUGUGCAGUUUGUGGCAAAGGCUUCCACAGGCCGUCCGAACUCAAGAAGCACUCUUUAGCCCACCGCACCAAGAAACUCCACCAGUGCCGACACUGCAACUUCAAGAACGCCGACCCCUUUGUCCUCAGUCGCCAUAUCUUGUCUGUCCACACUAAGGAGCAGCAGCAGGCCUCCCCAGAAAAGAACGAGGCUAAGAGGACAGAGACGCAAUCUCCCGUGGCGUCCCCUAAAAAGCCCGCCCCUAGCGCCUCCACCGGUUCUAGCCAGCCUACUAGAGUGAGCGCGGCCAGCUUAGCCAGCAGCGUGACUGUGGUUGUUGGUAAAGGACAAAAAGAGCGGCGAAUUUACCAGUGCCAAUACUGCGACUACAGCACGGGUGACGCUUCGGGAUUCAAGCGACACGUGAUUUCCAUCCACACGAAAGACUACCCGCACCGCUGCGAGAUCUGUUCAAAAGGUUUCCGGCGACCGUCGGAGAAGAACCAGCAUAUCCUGCGCCACCACAAGGAUGUGGUCCAGGCAGAGUGA